AUGUUCAUGGAAGCAGCUGUUCCGAGCGUGACUCGUGCCUCAUCACAGAAAGGAGAUGUGGGCAUCUGGUUUCCCGCGGCUACUACUGGACAGCCGUCCCAGUUCAUCACCUCACGCCCUCCACCUGUCAUGGACAGCUUUAUGCUCCCGUUUGUACGAGAGCAUUGCUUAUCCUGCUUGCCCCCUGAAGAGGACUAUCUCCGAUUGAAAGCACUGUUUUUGCAGAGAGUUCAUCCCAUCUUUCCCGUCAUCCCCGAGGCUGCCCUUAAUGGGCCUACAGACAACCCUUCCAGCAUCGUGUUACGACAACUUGCUUGUUUGGCAGCCGGCUCUGACCCCCAGAUGACUCCAUAUUUGCGUCUUAAGAAUAAAGGUCCCAGUCCACUGCGGCCCUCCGAAUUCUCCAGCGCAUUAUCUUCCUCGGUCCGUGCCAUUUUGGAAACAAGUAUUAUUCCUGAUAGAGUCGUACACAUACAAGCGCUCACCAUGUUAUCCCUCUAUACUCAGCCUACCUGCGCCGAAGAAUCCGAUCUACCGGCUCAGCUUGGGGGUAGAGCAAUUCACCAUAUCCAAACUUUGGGUUUACACCUUCUCCGAUAUGAUGGGCCGAAUUUUGGUGAUUUAGAAAAUCUCUUUUGCGCAGUUUGGGCGCUGGAUAGAAUAAAUGCCGCCAUGUAUGGACGGCCGUGCCUGAUCCAUGAGAGAGAUAUUGGGGCGGAUCUCGACGCUUGCAUCAAGAAACGACAGCCUGCCUUUCGGCUUCUGCUAUCCGUGGCACAAUGGCUGGAUAAAGUGGUGGAGUUGUAUCGCCCAGGCCCUAGUGCGCAAGUGUCUGGCUUCGAUAAAGUCGCAUACAUUGAUCUCCCCGUUCUCGAAGCAAUGAUUGUGGACGCAGACGCCUUGAAAGUCCCAACAUCUCUCAUUGCUACCAUCGAAACAUUUUAUCAUGCCGUCAUAAUACUAUCGUGCCGGCUUCCUAGGCCAGGAACAAUCAUCGCAGCCUCAACAUUGCCACCACCAUCCGCCAAUGCCCGUCGUUCACUUGCAGCCGAACGCAUCGCGUGCGCAGUACCAAGGGACUGCCUAAGCUCUCUUCCGUUUAUUCCCUACGCAGUGUCGCUCGCUCUAAGCGUCGAGUAUCGAAAGAUGAGACACAGCCGAUUACCAAUGUUCCGCACGCGAGCAAUGAAUGCCUUUAAAAGAAACUGCGACCUCCUUCGGUCUUAUAGCGAACAUUACUGGAGCGCCCGAGUCGUCGCUGGGCUUGGAGAGGGCGUUCUAAGAGAAAUGGAGCGAGCGGCCAACACUCUGGCCAAGGAGCUCAGCCCUCAGCCAGCUGAAGUACCGUCAAAGCCCGUAAUGGAUGAUCAAGAUGCGCCAGUUACCCAAGAUCUGGGUCCUACUCCAUCAGGGGAUCCCUCGAACAUGAAUUCUAACCUGGGUUUUGAGAAUGUCAUUGACUUUUCCGUCAUUGACGCGAUUUCAGGCCAGGAUGUGUUUGGGCACAUUGACCCUAACUUUAACCUGGACGCUGUGGAAGAUGCCCUGGAAGCAAACCUUGAUAUUGGCCUCCCGCCCAAUUGGGGAGACUGGGGCCAGUUUGCAGCAUGA